CCUUCUCUUAUAUCUAAAAGACUUAUUAAUAAGAUAUACAGAGAGAGCGAUGGCGAUUAACGGCGAAGAUCGCAUCUCCGGUGACCGCCCGAUCAUAAUGAUCAACAACGACGACGGAAUAGACGCGCCUGGUCUCCGCUCUCUCGUUAGCGUCCUCGUCUCCACCAACCUCUACCAAGUCCGCGUCUGCGCUCCCGAUUCGGAGAAGUCUGCUGUAAGUCACAGUAUCAUAUGGAGCAGGCCCCUCACUGCAAAACGAGUUGAGAUUGAAGGAGCUGAGGCCUAUGCCGUUUCUGGAACCCCUGCGGAUUGCACUGGUUUGGGGAUUUCGGAAGCACUCUUCCCUUCUCUUCCUGACCUGGUUCUUAGUGGUAUAAACGUGGGUAGCAACUGUGGAUAUAACAUCGUCUACUCAGGAACUGUUGCUGGUGCUCGUGAAGCCUUCAUUUAUGAUGUCCCUUCUGCCUCCAUUUCUUAUGAUUGGAAGCGUGGAGACAUCAAUGCUAAUGAUUUUGUCCUCGCUGCCCAAGCUUGUUUGCCUAUUAUCAACGGCAUGCUCACUGCCAUCAAGAACAAAACUCACCCAACUAACUGCUUUCUGAAUAUUGAUUUGCCUACUGAUAUUGCUAACCAUAAGGGAUACAAGCUAACUAGACAAGGAAAAAGCUUGGGUAAGAUGGGAUGGAGACAAGUGGAGGAGGAAGCACAAGGUGCGAAGAUGUUGUCAACAAUGUCAAUGGAAACAGAUUCAGGAGUAGUCUCAGACAACAACAACGACACAUCUGCUCAUCAUUUAAAAGAUGAUAGCCGUUUAUUCAAGAGAGAGUUAAGGACUGUGGUGGUUGAGGAAGGCACUGAUCUUCACUUCCUACGAGAAGGAUAUAUUACAGUGACGCCGAUAGGAGCUCUGUCUCAGGUUGAUGUGGAUUGCCAAAACUACUACAAAGAAUGGCUUCCCAAGAUUUCUUCAUCCUUGUGAUGCCACCAAAUUAAAACAAAACAAAAAAACUCUUUUAAUAAUUUAACUAUUGUGGACCACAGUUUGUGGUAGACCUAUUAUCCAUAAGUUAUUUAUGUUGUGAGCAGCAAAAUCUCUGGCAACUACUUUUGUUGCAAGUCGAUGACUGCCACGCAUGCAUCUUUUGGUUUUUGUUAAUGGAACUCUUAUGCAGUAGCUUUACCUGAA